CCUCUCCUUAUCCGCACUACACCAAAAAGUAAUAUCCCGCCCAAACGAUUCUCCCAUUACAUCUGUCCGAUUUAUUUAUUUACACCUAAAAUCAACGCCAGAAGAGUUUUCCGUCAUUUUCGUCAAAUUACACAUUUGCACCGAAACUCGUCCUCUAUCAUUUUCCUUCGGAUGAAAUCCUGUCUCUGUACGCACCUCGACCGCAGCUAUUCAUGUAGUUGUGUUUCACGAACCAGUUUUUGUAUCAGUGAACAUGGCCGAUUACAAAGCGCAUUCAGAUCCGCCAUGACACUCACUCUCAGAUUUUCAAUUCAAACUUCUUUUACCGCAAUCAUCUUGGAUGGUUUUAUUAGAACACCCCAAAGGAUUUUUCUUCUUCAAAUUACUCACAUCAACGAGGCAUGGAAGUUGCACACUGCUAUCUUGAUGGCAAUGCAGAUGCUGUAGAGUUCUGCCCACAAGAGUCUUUUCAACAUGUGUUAGCAGCCUCCACGUACACACUGCAAGAGGGAGAUCAUCCGAGUCGUUCCGGUAGUAUAAGCCUCUUUGAUGUCAAUGUUGAAGAGGGUCAUCUCGAUUUGAUGCACCGAGCAGAAAGAACAGGUAUUUUUGACAUAAGAUGGAGUCCUGAUGGCGGAAAUUUGAGCCCUUUGCUUGCCCAAGCUGAUGCUGAUGGUUUUGUCCGAGUGCACCGGCUUGAAUGUUCUUCUGUUGGAUCAGAGGUCCAAGGGAAUUGUUUGGAAGAGAUCGCUCAUGAUCAUGUUAGUUCUUCCAUGUGCUUAAAUGUAGAUUGGAACCCUUUAGCCACAUCCAUCACUGUCGGCCUAUCAGACGGUUCAAUCUCAAUACUUUCACUCCAUGAGUCUCAACUAAAAACCCAAGGAUGGACAGCACAUGAUUUUGAGGUUUGGACUACCUCCUUUGACAUUCAUCAACCGCAACUUGUGUACUCUGGCUCAGAUGACUGCAAAUUCUGUUGCUGGGAUUUGCGACACGAUACAUCUAAGACUCCAAUUUUCAAGAACACAAAAACCCACACAAUGGGCGUCUGUUGCAUCACAAAGAACCCAAAUGAUCCCAAUGCCUUAUUCACAGGUAGCUACGAUGAACAUCUCAGGAUAUGGGAUGUUAGAUCUAUGUUGAGGCCUGUAAGUGAGCGAUCAAUCUCCUUGGGCGGUGGAGUGUGGAGAAUCAAGUUUCAUCCUACUAUACCUGACUUAGUUUUGACAGCAUGUAUGCACAAUGGGUUUAGAGUUGUUGAUGUAAAAGGAGAUGAACCUAAAGUAGUUGAAACAUACAAAGAACAUGCAUCGCUUGCGUACGGAGCAGAUUGGCAAAAGGGCUCUUUUUGCAUAGAGGGGAAAAAGACGAAUGCAGUAGCGGCCACAUGCUCAUUCUAUGACCGGCUCCUUCGUAUAUGGAAGCCAAAGGCUGAAGCUUUUUAAUGUUGAACCCUCAAAAUUAAACAUGUUCAAUAUAGGCACUUAUUUUCAGCAUUUACUAGGACCAAGAUUGUGCUUCUCGUGUAAGGCACUUAUUUUUUUCUAUUUAUUGUGAUCCUGUCCUGAUUAUAAGAACCAUAGGCCCACUAGAUUCAGGGCGUAUACUUUCUUAUGUGGAUCAGUGGAUAUUCUACAUGGUGCAUGAGAAGAAUGAUGAAUUUCACACCACACAAAUACACAAUAUUAUAAACAUUGAAGACAGAACAAAUGUACUUCUUCAACAGUAGCUCUAAUCUAUUCCAACAACACUGCAUUAGAAAGAGUUAUCUAUU